CGACUUGAUUCUGUCUGAUUGUUUUUUAUUAGCUUUGCUUUGUCACUAAGCAAACUUUUCCUCUUCACUCUAUAAAUAGUCACUUGGGUGAAACCAAGGGCUUUUGUGCAGUACAAAUUGCAAAGCAUAAACUACAAUUAUUGUACUUCAGAACUAAGCUAGCUCGUUACGAAACAAUGGCUUCAGCGCAACAAGCUCGAGAUACGAGUCGAAUCACUGAGGAAGGAAAAGCAACAAUCAAUGAGCAAGCAAAGGAAACACAGGCGGCUCUCCAAGCAAAAUGCAAGUUGAAUAGAAAGGGAAGCCAAGAUGAGUUGGUUUUGAGCACAGGUGAGCUAGUUUUGGUUACAGGCGUAAUGAAGAAUCUGCAGCGGCGUGGAAUAAUGCUUCAGAAAUCAUAUGAUUGGAAGGGACAAUUCAUAUCCAAGCCUCCAGAUAAGACCAUUGGUGAACAUGCUGAUGGUGCAUUUGUUCACCAAGGUGCUCCAUCCAUUGUAGGCUCCAAAGGUGCGAUGAUAUACGGUCAUUUCGACCAUGCGUCGCCUAAGCUUGGAUGGCUCUUGGCAUGGUGCAGGCCAGACAGCUCCAAUGAACUCAACAAGGUGUAUGUAGAAGCUGGGAACCUAGUCAAGCUCAUGGGAAUGGAGUGGAGUGAUAUUGCACAGAAAUUGGACGCGUCUCGUAGUUCCAGUCGCUACCAAGACAGAGAGACAGGCGCGACAGCAGAUGCUGAUAUCAAGAACUAUGGCGACAAGCUAGCUCUGCUUCGUGCCAGCUUUGAUCAUUCAGCGCCUAUCCCCAAUCGUUGAUUCAAAUAGAUCGGAAUCGACAUAUGGUAGAUCAGCAAAUGCCCAAGAAGGAAGACUCGUAUGAUACUAUUAUCUACGCCUAUCUUGUAUUGUUUUUGUACUUGCCCUAUGUAAGGGAUUUCCUUAUGAACUUGCGGUCAUGAAACUAAAACCCACCAAGGGUAUUUGGGGGUA